AUGCCGUUUCUAACGUCUUACCGAAACACAGGUGAACCUUUGGGCCGCGUUACCUUUGAGCUCUUCAAGGAUGUCGUGCCCAAGACGGCCGAGAACUUUCGCCAGUUCUGCACCGGCGAGUCCAAGGACGCUCGCGGCCGCCCGCAGGGCUACAAGGGCUCCAAGUUUCACCGUAUCGCUGCGACGGGGAACCGACAAGGACAUGACAAGGCUGACCACGACGCUUCGCAGAUCCAAGGCUUCAUGUGCCAGGGCGGUGACUUCCUCAACGGCGACGGUACCGGCUCCGUCUGCAUCUACGGAUCCUCCAAGUUCGAGGACGAGAACUUCAACUUGAAGCACGACCAGCCUGGCCUGCUGUCCAUGGCCAACGCCGGACCGAACACCAACGGCUCCCAGUUCUUCAUCACCACCGUCCCGACGCCCUUUCUGGACAACAAGCACGUCGUCUUCGGCAAGGUCGUCGACGGCAUGGACGUUGUCAAGAUGAUGGAGGCCACCAAGACGGGGUACCGCGGCAAGGACCAGCCGAACCAGGACGUCGUCAUUGCGCAGUGCGGUGAGAUGUGA